AUGACAAUUCCUAAGUACAGUAAUGUCAGCAGCUUCUUCUUCAUUUUGAUGGAUCUCCCAGGCCUGGAGACUGCUCACUGCUGGACAGCUAUUCCUAUUUGCUGUAUCUAUGUUCUUUCUGUGCUGGGGAACAUCACCAUAAUGCACAUUAUCAAGACAGUACCCAGCCUCCACACACCCAUGUACCUCUUUCUCUCCAUGCUUUCAAUGGCUGACUUGGGCCUCUCAGCUUCCACACUGCCUUCCAUGGUAGCUGUCUUCAUCCUGGGCCAGAGGAAGAUAGGAGAUGCAGCCUGCUUUACACAGCUCUUCUUCAUCCACACAUUCUCGGUCAUUGAAUCAGCUGUUCUGCUGGCUAUGGCUUUUGACCGCUGUGUGGCUAUCAGAGAGCCCUUGCGUUAUGCUACCAUUCUCACAUCCAAACGUAUUGCAACCAUUGGGCUGGCCAUUGUGACCCGCAGUGCUGCCCUCCACAUGCCCCUGCCUGUGCUACUUGGAAGACUACAAUUUGAGCAUGUGAGUACUCUGUCUCAUUCCUACUGUGUUCAUCCUGAUGUUCUAAGGCUGUCCACUUCCAGCACCCUUGUGAACAGUGGCUUUGGGCUCUUCGUAAUGCUCUCCACACUUGGGAUAGAUGCCGUACUCAUCCUCCUCUCCUAUGUGAUGAUCAUGAAGACAGUACUGAGCAUUGCUUCCAAUGCUGAACGACUCAAAGCUUUCAACACCUGCAUUUCCCACAUCUGUGCUGUACUACUAUUUUAUACUCCACUAGUUAGCCUCUCCGUCAUUCAUCGUUUUGGGAAAAAGAAGUUACCACCUCAAAUAUACAUGCUUCUCUCUUAUCUACAUUUCCUUAUGCCUCCAAUGCUCAACCCAAUUGUCUACAGUGUCAAAACCAAAGAGAUUCGCGUACGCAUUCUAAAAAUGCUUCACCCAAAAGCACUCUGA